AUGUUCGUGAUCCAGAAAAAAAGAAAUGUCAAAAUUAAUGACGGUCAUAAAAAGCUUUCUUCUUGUGGAGGGCUCACUCUACCACUUCUCACUUUCUUCUCAAACGUCACUCUCACUCGAGGCCAUGUUGCGAGCAUGGACGAUCCAUCACAGCAGUCACAGGAUGGCGCGCUGCCGUUCUCCGACGUGACGGAUCUGCUCGCUGCGGCUGCAGGUGCAGAAACACAGCAGGCGCUUGUGGCCCGCAUCUUUGUCCCUGCUCCUUCAGUUUCAGCCUUUUCCGGCUCAGUCGACCAGUUCGCCCGACUAUCGACCCUGAGCUCCCAACUCAACAGCUUCGUUCAGCAGCACACCAGACGCAGCGACUAUCUCGACGGCCAAGAUUACAUCUGGCAUAGGGAACCGCCUUCCAUAUCGGUUGUCUGCCCGCCAUCGUCCUCCCGUCCAUCUACCACGACGAACCCGACGCAGCUGUCGCCGCAUAUCCUCUUCCAUCUGCGCACAGGAGGCGAGUGCAUUGAGGACGAAUGGUUCGCGACGCAUCUUCUUGUUCGAGCAUCCACGCACUUUUCAGCGCAGCAUCUUUGCAUCAGUGUGGAGGACGAAGACGGCCAAUUCCUUCUCAUCGAAGCUGCCGACUACCUCCCGGAAUGGGUCGCUCCUGAAGCAGUCACCAAUCGAGUAUGGAUCUACGAUGGUCAUCUGCAUCUUAUACCACCGCAUUACAAGGCUGAUGAAGGGCCUUCUCUGCCAGCAUCUCAAGCUGUCGAGCUUGUGACCGAUCAACUGAUCCCGACUCGUGCCUCAGACGACGUCGAAGCAGCUGCCUUUGCACGAGCUUUCGAGUUCCCAUCUGCCGCCAAACUGCACCAUCAUCGUACGCUCGCUUAUCUGCCUCGCCGUAUCGCUAGGGUGCUGGCGGCUGAGCCACAGCUCAUCUCCAACUGCGUCACUUCGAUUCAAUCUCGAGACGUCGUCAGCUCCCGCUCCGGAUCUAGGCUCGUGCGCUUUCCACCGCCAUCAAAACGUCCAGACACGUCUGCAGACAAUGACUUCUACGUUGGCCUCUACUCAGUACGCAUGACACGUCACCUCUACGCACAACUACUCCAUGACCGCUUCUUCCCACCACGGCAGCUGGGUCCACCUUGGCAAGCGGCAGUUGAGAGCUAUCGGCUCCGUCUUCACGGCCAAUCCUCCACCGCAUCUACACAGACUGGGAUCGAAGAUGAGGCACAAGUGCAGGUAGGACUACGAGACGGUCGCUGGCACGAUUUGGGAGCCAAGAUCUGGUGUGGAAUGGAAAUGUCAUACUCCGAAUCGCUCGCUCGUCGAAAGCGAACAGCGGCGCGCUCCAUGGCUGGAUCGGAAUCGACCUUGCCGGCCCAAGUGCGCGAAACUUUGAUACAGUCUCUGGAAAAGCUCGGCUACUUUCAGGGGGAGAUCGAGGGAAGCGCGAAAUGGAAGCAGCUAGAAGCGGAAGCCAUCGAUCAGUACGUCCGGGGAAAAACAGGUGCACAGAUUAGCAGCGAUGCAGGCGACGAGGGUGCGCUGCUCUGCGAUGCGGUCGAUCGUAUACUUCAGCAAUCCAGCACCGAAGCACCGUCUUCGACGACACUGCUUCCGACUGCAGCCCCCGAAGAGCUGCAAAUAGCAGAGGAUGACGAUUCGUGGCUGCAACUCAACCCUGACGACAUCGAGUCCAUACUGCAAGGAAAAGCAGGCUCGUCCAACGAUGGCUCACGUGCCAUCGACGAGCAUGAUGCAUUUCAACGACUGGACCAGUUCAGCAGCAAGAUGGAAGACUUUAUCAAGACCAAAUCCGACGUCAGGGGUGCUGUCUUUGAAGACGAGCUCGAAGCUGAAGAUAUGCAGGUCGACGACGAGGAUCUGCUGUUCGAGGAUCUCGAUGAGGAUGAGCAGGAAGAGAGAGUGAAACGAGAGGUGCAGCACAGGAUGCAGACGGAGGGGGAAGAGGAGAAGAGAAAGUUGGUUGAACGUCUGAUUCCACGCAUGUCGGAGCAGGAGUGGACGCGCCGACCGCAAUCUACCUCUCAGUCCGAGGUCGAUGUUCAGGCGGGAGGUGGAGGCGAUUUCCUCUCAUCCAUCGAUCGGAUCGCCUCCGAGAGACUUGCCGCACAGGUUCAAUCGUCCGAUCUGCAAAGCAGAGAGAUAGCCAUGCGCGAAGACAACCACCUCUCUGCCGCCAACACGGAGCUUCGUCGUCGCCUGACAUCGCAGUACAUGCGCGAGACAUCCACCCUCCUCUCCUCCCAAGGCCAUAAUCAGUUCGACGGUGCUUCCGACUCGGACGACGAGGAGCUCGAGCAAGAGACUUCGCCCGAGGUUCGACGACAGCGUGCGCGAGACUACGAUAUCGAACCGGACGAGGUUGUGGCAGCAGAUGCGAAAGGGGCCGCAGAAGUGGGGUGGGACGAGGUAGGUGAACCUGCCGAAAUGGGUGACGAGUCGGAGGUGGGGAAUCUGUUGGAGUUUGCUAGGAUCAGUCUCGGAUUGACGAAGGAGCAGUACUGGGAGAUCUUGGAGGAGAGGCAGAGCAAAGGCAAGUACGUUCCUCCUAUACAGCCGGUACAGAAGGAGAGUCAGUCGAAGAGCAAGGCUACGUCCGAGUCGAAACUAGAUACAUUCGAAAGCGUCAUGGCUGCCAUGGAGACGCAACUGCAUCAAUUGCGAUCAUCCAAACAGCCGCCUACCCCCACAUCAUCCACUCAUCCGACACCGACCGCAUCCCAAGGUCCUCCCCAAGAUCAAGAAGACGCGGAACUCCUCGCGCACUUGCUCAAGUCGAACUCCGAGCUCCCCUCCUCCCUCCAAUCCCACCUCGACCCAGACUCUGCAGACGCCAUCCAAGCCGAGCAGCUCGAAUCGUUCCUGCGCUCGUUCCAGGCUCAAUCAACAACCAGCGGUGCAGGGUCCGGAUCGGGUCCAGUGGAUGUCCUCAUGCGUCGAUUUGGUCUAGGCAGUCUGCCUGCUGAUCAGGAUUCAAUGUCCCGAAACCCCACAACCUGA